CUGCGACGGCGUUCCGCCCGUGCCGGGUUCCGGGGGCGGCCGCUGCCUUCGCUGGGCAGGCGGAGGGCGAGGGGCGGGAGCGGGGACUGCCCCGUCCUGCCCCGUCCUGCCCCGGGCGCCGCGAGCCGAGCCCGCCGACAGAACCCUUUAUCGGCCCCCAAAGCCGUCCGGCCCGGCUCCUCCCGCCGCCUUGGAGCCGCCCGGCACGGAACGCGGCGGGCGGCGAGCCCGGGCCCCGCAGAGCCCUCCGCCAUGGCCAGCGUCUCCUACCACAUCUCCAGCCUGCUGGAGAAAAUGACCUCCACCGACAAGGACUUCAGGUUUAUGGCCACCAAUGACCUGAUGAUGGAACUGCAGAAAGACUCAAUAAAACUAGAUGAAGACAGUGAGAAAAAAGUUGUGAAAAUGCUUUUGAAAUUGCUGGAGGACAAAAAUGGGGAAGUACAGAAUCUUGCUGUCAAAUGCCUGGGCCCUCUGGUUGGCAAGGUGAAGGAGUACCAGGUGGAGACCAUCGUGGACACGCUCUGCACCAACAUGCUGUCGGACAAGGAGCAGCUGCGAGAUAUCUCCAGCAUCGGCCUCAAAACAGUUAUUUCUGAGCUGCCACCAGCUGCCACAGGUUCCACCAUGACAGCAAAUGUGUGCAAAAAGAUCACAGCCCAGCUGACAGGAGCCAUUGGCAAGCAGGAGGAUGUGUCCGUGCAGUUGGAAGCUCUUGACAUCCUGUCAGAUAUGCUGAGCAGGUUGGGAGGAACACUCUACUCAUUCCACUCCUCUAUCCUGACCUGCCUGCUGCCCCAGCUGACGAGCCCCAGGCUGGCAGUACGGAAACGGGCCAUCAUUGCCUUGGGGCACCUGGUCUUGACCUGCAGCAGCAACAUCUUCUCAGAGCUUACAGAGCAUCUGCUGGCAGAGCUGAAGAGGAACGAGUCCACAUCUACCACCAGGACAUACAUUCAGUGUGUGGCUGGCAUCAGCAGGCAGGCUGGGCACCGCAUAGGAGAACACCUGGAGAAGAUAAUUCCUCUGAUUGUUCAGUACUGUAAUGUGGAUGACGACGAGCUGCGAGAGUACUGUUUCCAGGCCUUUGAGUCCUUUGUGAGAAGGUGCCCAAAGGAAAUGGACCCUCACAUCUCAAGUGUGAUGGGACUGUGUUUGAAGUACAUUACCUUUGACCCAAACUACAACUAUGAUAAUGAGGAGGAAGAGGAAGAGAUGAUGGAAACUGAAAAUGGGGAGGAUGAAGAGCAAGAAAGCGACGACGAGUACAGUGACGAUGACGACAUCAGCUGGAAGGUCCGCAGGGCUGCGGCCAAGUGCCUGGAGGCCAUUGUCAGCAGCAGGCACGACCUCCUGCAGGACUUCUACAGAACUCUCUCCCCAGCCUUGAUAAGCAGGUUCAAAGAGAGGGAGGAGAAUGUCAAAGCUGACAUCUUCAAUGCUUACAUCUCCUUGCUGAAGCAAACACUGCCUACCCAGAGCUGGCUGCACUCUUCGGAUACCUCUGGCAAGGAUGAUGUUCCCCUGACGAUGCUUCAGAACCAGGUUCCCAACAUCAUCAAGGCCUUGCACAAGCAGCUCAAAGAAAAGAGCAUCAAAUCAAGACAGGGUUGUUUCAGCCUUCUGACAGAAUUGGCCAGUGUCCUUCCUGCCUGCCUGGCAGAUCAUAUACCUGCACUUAUCCCUGGUAUUGUUUUCUCCUUGGCGGAUAAAUCCAGCUCCUCCAACAUGCGGAUCGACACACUGUCCUUCCUCCACGUCCUUCUCUGCAACCACCAGCCAGAGGUAUUUCAUCCUCAUGUCAAAGCCCUGCUGCCUUCUGUUGUGACCUGUAUUGGAGACCCCUUUUAUAAGAUCACGUCAGAAGCUCUGCUGGUAACUCAGCAGCUUGUGAAAGUUAUCAGGCCUUUGGACAAACCUUACACCUUUGAUGCCAAGCCCUAUGUGAAGGACCUUCUCCCUGGUACUCUGAAGCGGCUGAAGGCAGCUGACAUCGACCAGGAGGUGAAGGAACGUGCCAUCUCGUGCAUGGGACAAAUCAUUUACAACUUGGGAGACCAUUUAAGCACUGACCUCCAGCCAACCUUGAAGAUAUUUCUGGAGAGGCUCAAAAAUGAAAUCACCAGACUGACAACAGUCAAAGCAUUAACCUUAAUUGCUAGUUCUCCACUUAAAAUAGAUUUGAGACCCAUCCUAGGGGAAGGUCUCCCCAUUCUAGCUUCCUUCUUGAGAAAGAAUCAACGUGCCUUGAAACUGAGUACUCUGAAUGCUCUGGACAUCCUGGUGAAGAACUACAGUGAGAGCCUCAAGCCUGCCAUGAUUGAGGCUGUCCUAACAGAGCUCCCCGUCUUAAUUACCGAGAAUGACAUGCACGUGUCCCAGGUGACCAUCAUGUUCCUCACGACUUUGGCCAAGGUUUAUCCAACCUGUAUUUCCAAGAUCAGCGGCUCUGUGCUUGCUGAAAUCUUUCAGCUUGUCCACUCACCUUUGCUUCAAGGAGGGGCCCUGAAUGCCAUUAUCGACUUCUUCCAGGCACUGGUCCUGACAAAGACGGCUGCCAUGGGUUACCCGGAGCUGAUGAAGCAGCUGACAGCACCCGUUUACUCCUCGGGCUCGGCCGGGGCCUCGCUGACCCUGCACAAACAGGCGUAUCACUCCAUCGCAAAGUGUAUGGCAGCCCUGUCCUCAGCCUGCCCAAAGGAAGCCCCUGCGACAGUGAACCAGUUUGUCCAGGAUGUGAAAAGUCCCAAGUCCAGCCCUGCUGUUCAAGUGCUGGCUUUCCUCUUCCUGGCAGAGGUGGGCCGCACCACGAACCUCAGUGCUCAGAGGGAGCUCAGAACCGUCAUCCUGGAAGCGUUCUCUUCCCCCAGCGAAGAGGUGAAAUCCGCCGCCUCCUACGCGCUGGGGAACGUCAGCGCUGGGAACCUGAAGGAGUAUCUGCCCUUCAUGCUGAAGGAGAUCGGAAGCCAGCCCAAGCGACAGUACCUGCUGCUGCACUCCCUGAAGGAAGUCAUCAGCUGCUCCCCAGCUGACAGCCUCACGCCUUACGUGGAGGAUAUCUGGGCUCUGCUCUUCAAGCACUGUGAGUGCACAGAGGAAGGGACACGCAACGUGGUGGCAGAGUGCCUGGGCAAGCUGACUUUGGUGAACCCUGCUGAGCUGCUGCCCCGGCUGAGGAAACAGCUGUCAGCAGGCUCCCCACAUGCCCGGAGCACUGUGGUUACUGCCAUCAAGUUCACAAUUACAGACCAGCCUCAGCCCAUCGAUGCUCUCCUGAAAGGCUGCAUAGGUGACUUCUUACGAACUCUGCAAGAUCCAGACCUGAACGUUCGCCGUGUGGCUUUAGCCCUAUUUAAUUCUGCUGCUCACAACAAGCCUUCUUUGAUCCGGGACUUACUGAGCACAGUCCUCCCCAGCCUGUACAACGAAACCAAAGUGCGAAGGGAGCUCAUCCGGGAGGUAGAGAUGGGGCCAUUCAAGCACACAGUGGACGAUGGCCUUGAUGUGAGGAAAGCUGCUUUCGAGUGCAUGUACACCCUGCUGGAAAGCUGCCUGGACCGGCUGGACAUCUAUGACUACCUGAACCACGUGGAGGAUGGGCUGAAAGAUCACUAUGACAUUCGGAUGCUGACGUUCAUCAUGCUGGCGCGGCUCUCGGUGCUCUGCCCCAACGCUGUGCUGCAGCGGCUCGAGCGGCUGAUCGAGCCCCUCCGGGCAACCUGCUCCACAAAGGUGAAAGCCGGUUCGGUGAAGCAGGAGUUUGAGAAGCAGGAUGAGCUGAAGCGCUCGGCCAUGCGGGCAGUGGCUGCUCUCCUGACCAUCCCUGAGGUGGAGAAAAGCCCAGCAAUGGCCGAGUUUUCAUCCCAGAUCAGAUCCAGUCCUGAAAUGGCAUCACUUUUUGAGAGCAUUCAGAAAGAUUCUGCUUCCCUCCCCACCUCGGAGUCAAUGGACAUGAGCUAAGAUGUUUUUCCCCACCACCCUCCUGCCCUUGGGAUGCUGGGUGGGAAAGAACAAAUGCCAUUGAGCUGCUCUCCUGCCACAGCCAAGUCCAAGUCCCUGGGCAGCCACAGGAGAAACUGGGGAUGGUGUGUUAAAUGUGACAGCUGGACAUGACUGGCUUGAUCCAGCUGCAUUCCUAUCAGACACUUCAGAGAUCUGGAACGAGACCUGAGAUCAGGGAAUACAGCCUCAUGUAGGGGAGGGGCUGGAAGGCGAAUAUUCCCAUUUUUUAGGAAGUUUUAAGGGGUGCACAAAGCAAUUGCUGUUGUGGUUCCACGAACAAUGGAAAUUACUUCCUCAAAUACUCCUUACUGCAGCACAAAUGUUUUUUAAUCACUGCACAUGCACUUUCUACCUUAAAUUGCCCAAGAAUGUAUUUAUAGUGUUUAACUAAAAAACAUGGCUAAAAAAUGGAAGCCAUGUCUUUAUUAAUGAGUUCAUCCCACAGGUCUUUUGGGAAGGGAGACUUGCACCUGCCAAGCUGCUGAGGCUGCCCAGGGCAGGGGGGUUACCUGACACCCCCACCCUCCUCCUGGGGCUUCAGUCUGGCAUUUGGGCAAUACGAAGCUUUGUUGCUUAGCUUUCAUAUUUAUGGUUUUGAUUGCAAAAUACCUCAACCGUCUUCCCUGAGGGAUGAUUAGUGACUGUUUCAGUGACAAGUCCUGCUUAAAGCUUUGCUUUGCACUAACACUGGCUUCUCUCUCCCCUUGGAGCACCUUGGUGUUGGUGUCACCAGCCACAAGGGUCUGCUGGUCCUGGCCACACACGAGCAGCAGGCAUCUGCAGGAGUGCCAGUGGUCAGUGUCACAGUCACGGGGCUCAGAGGUGGCAGGCAGGAGCCAGGGGUGCAAGCACACAGCCCAGAGCGGGUGCUGUGCUCGAAUCCUGCUUUGUGCGAGAGAAAAUGCCUUAAGGGACAAAGGUUCCAACAGCCAACUAGAAGAUGAGGCCAUCACGACAUAUUGCUCUAGCCAUGAACUGCUCUGUGCUUCCUUUUCUCUUCUGACAGAGUGGUUGAUGUGAAUAGUAUUUAUAGUGCUGUGUGCAAGGACAUCUGUUGUCUGGGUGGUAUAGAAAAUAAAAUAACACUUGUGAAGCUGCGUA